AUUUAUGAUCAGCUAACUUCAAUACCAACACGUGGGUAUUGGACGGAGUAAUUGCCGUGUACCGAAUCUCCAGAAAUUUUAGGUUUUAGUAAUUUUACAUUCUCAUAAUGGGGAGGAAAAAGGACAGAUCAGAGCUUGGAAAGACCAGAGGACCUGGACGUAAAGCCCGUAAACAAGAAGAACCAUCUUUACCCCGCCAUUUGAAGAAAUCUGAAAUCGGAAAUUCCAAGCCAUCCAGUAGGCGUGCAAGGAAAAGGGCAGCAAAGAAAGCAGACAAGCAGAGUGCCUUACAACGACUGGCCAAGGGACCCAAGAGGGCGCCACUGGUCAAGAUGGAGGACUCGGACGCGAGUGACGACUUUGAUGACUUCAGCGACAUGGAGGAAGACCAGGACCUUGACAUAAAGUCCAAGAAAAAUCCCGGAACCAAAGGAAAAGCGACGAAGCCGAAAAUUGAAAGUGAAGAUGAUGAUUUUGAAGAUGAGGAUGAUGAUUUUGAUGAUGAGGAGGAUGAUGAGGAUGAGAUGGAGGAUGACGAUGAAGAGGAACUGGUUAGCAAGACAAACGAAAAGAAACUGAAAGUGAUGGAAGACAGUGGAAGGACUAAGGCUCCUAAGAAAGACUCCAAGAAACCAAAGCAGAUGUUGGAAGAGGAGGACGACGAGGAAGAGGAUAGUGAUUAUGAAUUCGUUGACGAGGAUGAUGAUGAUGAUGAUGACGACGACAAUAGUGAUUCUAAGGACGAGGAGGAAGAUGAUGAGGAGGAUUCUGAUGAAUAUUCCGAUGAAGAUGAGAUCGAGAUCAAGAAGGUGGACAAGAAAAAAGGGUCAAAGAAGGGUUUCACUGAUCAGAACCAAGACUGGCUUCAACCGACCAAGAAAUCUAAGCUUCCUAUGGGGUCGUCAGAUGAAGACGAAGAUGAUGACGAUGACGAGGAGGAUGAUGGUGAGGGAGAAGAAGACGAGGACAGCGAGGAUGAUGACGAGUUGCUCGACGAUGAUUUUGGUGGUUCUGAUUCCGAUGAUGACAGCGAUGGCGACGACGAUGACGGGAGUGAUGAGGGAGAAGAUGAAAUGCUCCCGAUUGAGAAGGCAUCAAAGAAGCUAGAUAAGAAGAUCAAAAGAGACAAGAAACUUGCUUAUGAUGAGAGUCAGAUUGGCCUAAAACAAUUCGAAACAUUUCAACUUCCGACCGGAGAAGAGAUGGAGAAGGAAGCGUCCCAGCCGACUGAUCUAAGUCAGGUCUAUCAAAGAAUCAAAGAGGUCAUGGAUGUAUUGAAUGACUUCAAAAACAGGAGAGAAGAAGGAAGGCCUCGUCAAGAGUAUGUGACCCUGCUAAGACAUGACCUGAUGACCUACUACAGUUACAACGAGUUCCUCAUCACCAAGAUCAUGGAUCUCUUUCCUCUGUCAGAGCUGAUAGAGUUCCUUGAAGCCAAUGAAGUAGCAAGGCCUGUUACUAUCAGAACCAACUCACUCAAAACCAGAAGAAGAGACUUAGCCCAGGCUUUGAUUAAUCGAGGGGUGAACCUAGAUCCAAUCGGUAAAUGGACCAAGGUUGGACUUGUUAUAUAUGACUCAUCAGUUCCUAUUGGUGCCACACCCGAGUACCUCGCCGGUCACUAUGUCCUACAAGGAGCGUCCAGUUUCCUACCGGUCAUGGCCUUAGCCCCUCAGGAGGGUGAGAAGAUCCUUGACAUGUGUGCCUCACCGGGCAGCAAGACAACGUACAUAGCUGCGCUGAUGAAAAACACAGGCAUGCUCUUUGCUAACGAUGCUAACAAGAAACGAGUUAAUGCCCUCGUUGGCAACCUUCAUAGAUGCGGCAUCACUAACACCGUUAUCAGCAAUGAAGAUGGAAAGUCAUUCCCUAAGGUGAUGGGAGGUUUUGACCGAGUGCUCUUGGAUGCCCCCUGCAGCGGUACAGGGGUCAUUGCCAAGGAUACAGCCGUCAAGCUGAGUAAAGACGAAACAGACAUCCAGCGAUGUUCACAUCUCCAGAAAGAGCUCAUCCUAGCGGCCAUUGAUUCUAUCGACGCUAACUCAAAGACCGGUGGUUACCUUGUGUAUUCUACCUGCUCUAUCAUGGUUGAAGAGAAUGAAUGGGUUGUCGACUAUGCCCUGAAAAAACGAAACGUGAAGCUGGUACCGACAGGAGUUGAAUUUGGUCAGGAUGGAUUCUCAAGGUUUAAGGCGAGGCAUUUCCACCCAUCUCUGAAACUGACGAGGCGUAUCUAUCCCCACACUCACAACAUGGAUGGAUUCUACAUCGCUAAGCUCAAGAAAUUGUCCAACAAAAUACCAGAUUCCGAAAAGAAAGGAGCUGGGUCACUGGAUGAAAGGGAUGACAAGGAAUCGGUAGAAAUGAUGAAAGAGGAGGAAGAUAUUACCAUGGAAACACCUCCAAAAUCAGGAAAAGGAAGGAAGAUGAAGGGAUCGGCAAAGAAAGAGAAUGGGAAGAUGAAUCACGGACAGAAGAAGGGUGAUGAAGGGAAGGAACAAGGAGAGAAUAGAAAGGGAAAGAAGAGGACUGUGUCACCUGCUGUUGAAAAGAGGAAUAAGAAAAGGAAAGAUGGAAAGUCGGCACCAUCACCUGUUCAAUCAAAAGAAAAGGAGAGCUUUAAAGACACACAGUCACCCUCACCAAAUGGGAAGAAAGUAAGAAAGCAAGAGAAAGAUAGUGAAAAUGAAAAGAUGAGGGAAACGGAGGAGGGUACGCCGGGAGGAAAGAUGAAGAAAGUUUCUAUGAUGAAGAAAAAGAAGAUGAAGGCAUCGCCGAAGGGAGGCGUUCCAAGGCCAAAGAGCUUUGGAGGAAAAGGAGGAAAUAUGGCAGCCUUCAAGAAAGAGAAAAAGAAGAAGAGACAUUCAGCUGGGUCUGGAGACUGAGAACUAUUGACUCAAACAUUCUAAUGAUGAACUUUUUAUCCUCUGGCAUCAGGGAUGUUAAUAUAACACAAGACUCUUCAGACGAAACAUUUGUACUUGUUUGUCUGAUAAACUGCAAGAUGAAAUUAUUUUCCUGAUAUUUUAAUGAUCACAUUGUUGACAGAGAUCUGGAUGGACUAUAGACAAUGCCUGUUUUAUUUUCAUCAUUUUUUAAAUUAUUUUUGAUGAGUAUUUUCGAUCAUCGAUCAUCAUGAUUUGUGAUAUUUACAUUUCAUUGUGAUGAACACAAAUUCUUUACCAUCAACAGGGCUGCCAACUAGUAGUACUGACUUUCAAGAUUUAGUACUGACAAGUGAGAAUACUGAUGGUUUUAUGCUAAAUGCUGAUUUCUAAAGUUUAAAUUUUAGGUGUUGUCCCAUUUUAUUUCUUUGA